AAAAAAAAUUGAGUACCCCGUCGUUGACAGAUGGCAAGCUAUAGAAAAUAAUUUUUCCUUCGUCAAAGAUAAACCCUAUCAUCGAUGAUUACAAACAAGUUUGGCGGAGUGCAUUUUUCCAAGUAAUUGAUUGCCAAUUCGUGACCCGUUUGGCUGCUGACACAAUCUUAUUUUCGCCAAAGUUACUUGAAUUUGAGGAUGAAGUCAAGCAUCAGUAACUCGGGGCUAAAAUUGCUCUCAAUUCUGCAUGUAUUUUGCGGACAACACCUAAAAAUUCCACCAAUGGACAGAAAAUUCGGCAAAUACAGCAAACUUGCUUUUAAAAUUUACUCAUUUUUUAUUCUGAUCUGCUCCACCUACUUCACUACUAGCGUAGGAUACUACUGGUAUCAUCAGAGACAAAACUUUGAGCAGGUCAUAUUCUUUGCAUCGGGAUUUUUUGGGACUCUCCAUUGCUUUCUGAGAAUCGUCUACACCACCGUAAGAAAGGCCAAAAUUGAAGCUAUUUCUUCAAAAAUCCACGUUAUGCUGCACCACCACAAUCUUUUAGAAACUGAUACAACUAAAUUCACCCAAAAGUUGUCAAGAGUCAUCCAGGUUUUGGUGUUGACAUUUUUCACCACAUUUGCGGUAGCCUUGGUUUCCACUUUUAUUACUUCUCUAGAGAAUUUUGACAAAGUUAUGGAAAUGCUGAGGGAAAAUGCGACCUACACUGGUGACAAAAACUUCAUCACACAAGUUUAUUAUGAGACGUGGAAAUCAGUUUGGUCAAACAAUAAAUAUUUCAAUAUUCCUGACGCGGCCCUGAGAAGUUAUAUAAAAGUCACAUCGAUAUUUAUUUAUGUAUUAUGCUACUUGGCAAUUGGGAGACUUGUUGUUUCCGACGUGCUCAUCUAUUCUUGGUACUCCACAAUUGUGAACCAGUACCAGCAACUGGCAGACUCCCUUCCUCAAGUUAUGGCAGCUGGCGAGGACUUAAAAAAGGUUCAAUAUUGGAUUCGUUACCACAGUCUGCUAAAUGAAUUGUUAAAUGAGAUAAAUUCAUUUGCCGCGCCUGUUGUCCUUGUGGCCGUAGUUUUUACUGGAAUAAAAAUAAGCAUGUGUUCUUUUGUUAUCUUCAAGCUGCAUGAAGAGUUGAGCAUCGUGCCAUUUAUAGCCUUUGGAGUAACGUCGAUGCAGCAAGUUUUGGUUUAUUGCGUCCUCGGACAAAAGAUUCGGAACAAUAUUGCAAUGAUCCACAAAAAAGGUUACCGGUGCCCAUGGACAGGCCAUGAGCAUGAGAAGAAGAAAGCGGCUUUAAUGAUUUGUAUGGCGGUGAGUGAAAAAGCCGGACAUAAAUUACCAGGAGCGCCAUUCUUCUCAAUGUCUCUGCAUUUUUUCGCAUCGAUGGCCAGCGUCGUUUUUACUUACUUUGUUGUGCUGAUCCAAAUUAUUAAUUAAAAUUUAGUUUUAAGAAAAUGUUAAUUGAGUUCAAAAUUGGGGCAACUAUAAUUACAUGAACUCAUCCAAAUAAAUGGCAAAAACAAAAAUUUUAAAACAAGAGAGAGAAAUUUAUUG